CAACCUCACCUCUAACGCCAGAUCUAAUUGCUAACUACUCAAUUUUAGAGAGAGAAGUCCGUGAAGGCAAGAAAACUGCUCCCGAAAAAGGAAGAUCAUCUCCAACGAAGCCUCAUUCGCCAGCCUGCUGAAGUUUCCUCUUCUACUGUCUAAGUUCUUCUAUUGCUUUCCUCUCAUUUGCUAAGGUUUAGAGUGAAGAAGAGAUUGAAGAAAUGGAAAUGGAAGAAGCAGCUAAGGUGGAGCCUCAGUAUUUUGAGCUCAACACAGGCGCUAAGAUGCCAUCAGUAGGUCUCGGUACUUGGAAAGCUCCUCCAACCGUCGUUCGCGACGCUGUUAUCACUGCCGUAAAGGCCGGUUACAGACAUAUCGAUUGCGCCAAAGUUUACGACAACGAACACGAGAUCGGAUCAGCUCUGAAGGAACUAUUCUCCGAUGGAGUGGUGAGCCGAAAUGACAUGUGGAUCACAUCUAAGUUGUGGUCCGGUGAUCAUGCACCUGAGGAUGUUUCAAAGGCGCUGACAAAGACUUUAGCUGAUUUGCAACUUGAUUACAUUGACCUUUAUCUGAUACAUUGGCCAUUUCGGACAAAGUCAGGCACGAGAGGGUGGGAUCCUGAACUCAUGGCUCCCCUCUGCCUUGCGGAGACUUGGGCUGCUAUGGAAGGCCUUUACGCUUCUGGCCAAGCACGUGCUAUUGGAGUUAGCAACUUCUCUACAAAGAAGCUCGAAGAUCUCCUUACUUACGCCAAGAUCCCCCCUGCAGUUAACCAAGUGGAAUGCCACCCUGGCUGGCAGCAGCCUGCUCUUCAUAACCUCUGCAAUUCAACCGGCGUCCAUCUAUCUGCCUACAGUCCACUUGGGUCCUCUGGGACUUGGGUAAAAGGAGAAAUAUUGAAGGAUCCUAUAUUAAACGAGGUGGCAGAGAAGAUUGGGAAGUCACCAGCACAAGUAGCUCUCAGAUGGGGAAUCCAAAGUGGUCACAGUGUCCUGCCUAAGAGCGUGAAUGAGUCGCGGAUUAAGGAAAAUCUUGACCUAUUUAAUUGGUCUAUUUCUCCCGAGCAUUUCUCGAAAUUAUCUAGCAUUCCUCAAAAAAGGCUGCUGAGAGGUGAGUUUGCAAUCCAUGAGAGCUGUAGUCCCUAUAAAAGUCUUGAAGAACUGUGGGAUGGAGAAAUCUGAUAUUUGCCUGAAAUCAAUCAAACCUAUCUCUGGUCUGGAUUUUCUCUCAUUGAACUAGAGGUUUGUUAUUUUUUCCAUAACAGCCAUUCAGAAUAUGGAAAUUGAAUAUUAAAACUCUCAUUAGAUAUGAAACCUUUCAUAUUUCAUUUUUCAAAUAAAAGUGCUUGAGGAUGAGGAUAUUAUAAAAAUGUAUGAUAUGCCUGACCUCUCUGCAGCUGAUUUUA